AUGUCGGGCCGUUGUUUUCUCGUCUACCCGCUCCCCAGCGUCGCCGAUGAGUCGUUUCUCACGCUUCUCUUCGGCCACGGUGUUGUGACGCGUAGUGUUUUUGCGGGAUUUGCCGCCCGCCGCUUCGCCCUUGUGGAGAUGUGCAACGUGACCCACGCCGAGGCUGUGCGCCGUGCGAUUAGCGCCGUUAAUGAUUCUACACAAGAUAGCAAUAAUAAUAAUAAUAAUAAUAAUAAUAAUAAUAAUAAUAGUAAUAAUAAUAAUAAUAAUGGGGAUAGUGGUAGUAACAGUCAUAGUGAAGGACUGGGGAGUAUGUGGCUCACGGAGGAGGACCGCACACUCGGGGAGUUGUUUGAGGCCCAUAAUGCGGCAAUGGCUGCGAAGAAGACGAAGAACCAUAAGAACAACAGUAAGAAUAAUGAUAAUAAUAAUAAUAAUAAUAAUGAUGAUAAUAACAAUAGUGUGGAUGUGGAUAGUGGGAAUUGUUUGGCGUACAUUGGGCGAUUACACUUCCGCGGCACGCGUCUGCAGAUAACGCCUAGUCCCAUUGAAAUUGAGGAACUCUACCGUUCAGGCGGACACGUACCACAACGCCGUGCAAAGGACCAACCAAACACGGGAGGAAAACAACACCAUCAACAUCCAAAUCAAAAUAAUAAUAAUAAUAAUAAUAAUAAUAAUAAUAAUAAUAAUACAGAACAGGAAGAAGGAGAAGGGAUAAUGACAGGAUCCACAAAUAGACAAUUUCCAUCAAAGCGACCACGCACCUUUGAGGCGGCAGACGGAAACUCUCCUCUUGCAGAUACCGCCAACAGAGAUAAUAGUUAUCAUAAUCAUCAUAAUAACAAGAAUAAAGAAAUGAAGAAAGAAAGAAGCGGAAAAAUGGGCGGCGCCGCUUCACAAGAGGCAUGCCGACGCUGUGGCUCAACAGCACACUUCACACGACACUGCACAGGAGAAACAACAAUAGUAACAACAACAACAACAACAACAACAACAGAGAAUAAUGAAUCUCACACUAUUCCAACACACAAACCAGCCGUGAAAGGGACUUUCCCUGCAGAUUGCUGUCAAAAGUGCGGGUCAUCGGCGCAUUUCACGCGGCACUGCACCGGCUCUCAUCCUGCAAGUGAGACUAUAGGGAACUCACAGGAAUUAUCAACCCCGACCGUUCAUACCACUAUUUCUACUACUACUACUACUACUGCAGUUACUAAUGCUAAUACUACUACUAUUGUGGAUGAGACGAGUGAGAGAAGAAAGAAACCGCCGACAUUACAUGAGGAGAUGCCCACAACUACACCAAAAGUGGAGCAGCGAAAGACUAUAGUUCGAACCUCAAAGGAUCAAUGUAAGUACUGCGGCUCAGAUCUCCACUUGUCUCGUCAUUGCCCCUCCAAGUGA